AUAUCGAAACAGCAAAACCCUUAAAACCCUCGGUGCAAUAGCCGUUGCAGACUUGCAGUCUGCUACAAUCGAACUCCCAAUGGCUGAUUCAACUACAACUAACUGUGUUAAGCAUAUCGAAACGUAUGUCGAUUCAUCGUCGUCUAAAUCUCCUGCUCAGCAGGAUGCAAGUUUAGAUGCAAUUGCAAAGCUCUUGCUGAAUGAUAUCAUAACUCUGGAAUCACUGGUAAGAGAAAUGGAGAUGUAUUUAACUACUACCGACAACAUCAUUCGUGCCAGAGGUAUCCUUCUUCUUGCAGAGUUGUUGACUCGCAUUUCAUCAAAGCCUUUAGACAAUACAACAAUACAUAGUUUGAUUGGCUUUUUUGCAGAAAAACUGUCAGAUUGGCGAGCAUUGCGCGGUGCACUUGUUGGUUGCUUGGCUUUAAUGAGGAGGAAAGGUGACACUGGUGCAAUCAGCAGUGGUGAUGCAAAUGGAGUUGCUCAGUCGUUCAUGCAAAAUCUACAAGUUCAAUCUUUAGGACAGCAUGACAGGAAGCUUUGCUUUGAGAUUCUAGAAUGCCUUAUAGAUUGUUAUCCAGACACAGUAAUGACCAUGGAGGAUGACUUUGUUUAUGUGAUCUGUGAAGCCAUAGAUGGGGAAAAGGAUCCGCAAUGCUUAUUGCUCACGUUCCAUCUUGUGGAAAUGCUGGCACAGUUAUAUCCUGAUUCAUCUAGUUCACUAGCAAGCUAUGCUGAGGAUCUUUUUAACAUCUUGGGAUCUUAUUUCCCUAUCCACUUUACACAUCCAAAGGGCGAAGAUGAUGUGAAGAGGGAGGAGCUCUCCAGGGCACUAAUGCUGGCUUUUGGAUCUACGGCCCUCUUUGAGCCGUUUGCUGUGCCGUUGCUUCUCGAGAAACUUUCUUCAUCUCUUCCAUCGGCAAAGGUUGAAUCUUUGAAGUAUCUUAGUUAUUGCACAGUUAAGUAUGGUGCACACCGAAUGCUAGAACAUCUUGAAGCUCUUUGGUCAUCAUUAAAAGACGCAGUUUUUACUUCCGGACCAUCUAUGUUGACCGUGGGUUCAUAUUUAGAGAGCUAUGUAGGAUACCAGGAUAACAAAAUUGUAGCCGAAGCUCUCAUUCUUCUGCAGAAGCUUAUUCAGCAAGAUAAUGGCGUAUUUCUAGAUUUGGUUCUGAAGGACAUGGACAUUAACAUGAUGUUGACGUCUCUCCUGGAUAAUAAGAAUUAUGAUGAUAUUACAGUACCAGACAAGCAAAGAUUAAAUGCAGUUGGUCGGAUUCUAUAUGUUUCAGCCGCAGCCUCCAUUGCUUCUUGUAAUGCAAUAUUUCAAAGUUUUUUCUCCAGCUUAGUAAAUGGUUUGGGAUCAACGAUGCAAAAUCCACUGGGGCAAGAGAAAGAUUAUGUUUCUGAAAAACCUAAGUUUGGGUACCUCUAUAUUUGUGUUGAGUUACUUGCUGCCUGCAGAACUUUGGUUGUGGGCUAUGAUGAACCUACCUCAAUAACUUAUCUUGCCAAUGAGACAUGGUGCAGCAUACUUCAUAGCUUUUGUAGUUCAUUGACUUCUUCCCUCAUAAAAAGUUUGAAAGAAAUCAAUCAGGAUGACUUCAAUCACACUGGGGUUAGGGGAUUGCAGAUUUUGGCUUCAUUCCCUGGAAGUUUCUUGCCGGUAUCAAAAUCCACAUUUGAGAAUAUCUUGGUUGAAUUUAUGUCAAUUAUCGUCCUCAAUUUCAACAAUACAUCUCUUUGGAGAUAUGUAUUAAAGGCAUUAGUUGAAAUUGGCUCAUUUAUUGAAAAAUCUCAUGAUUCUGAGAAAAUGCCAAGCUUUGAUGUUAUUGUUGUAGAGAGGAUGGUGGUUUUGUUGUCUUAUGAUGAUUCUACUAUGCCUUUGUCACUCAAAGUGGAAGCAGUAUCUGAAAUUGGCAGGACUAGUCUGAAAUAUAUGCUGAAGAUUGUCCAAGAAUUGAACAAGGCUAUCUCUACCAGUUUACACGGAUCUUGGCUUGAUGGAAACUCAAAGCCAGCUGAACAUGCAAUGCUCCUUUUGGAAUGCUAUGCAGACAAGGUGCUUCCAUGGUUUCAGAAUGUCAGAGAUUCUGAUGACGUGCCUAUGCAUUUCGCAUUAAAGAUUUGGGAUGAAAUAGAAGAUAGCACGCGUUUUGUUGAAGGCGUCAAGGAAAAAGAACUUCUUGAAACUACAAUGAAUGCAAUGAAACAUGCUGUGGCAAGCUGUUCAGAGGACAGUCAGAGCAUACUUCUUGAUAAAGCCUUCAGCAUACUUUCUUCAAGCACGACUUUUCGAGUCGAGGAAGGCUUGCAACUUGCUGAAUUCUCUUGUAGAGACAAGUGGAUUAUCUCAUUAUUUGAUUCAGUAAUAAUAGCUCUUCAUCCGAAAACACACUUGAAGAACACCGAAGGAAUAUUGCAAAUACUCAUGAGAUCUCUCCCCAAUGGUCAUGUUCCAUCAGCUCAUGCUUUGGGAUCUUUGUUUAACAAGAUGCCCUUGAAAGAAAACAGGUUUGCUGAUAUGCAAUAUUGUAGCUUGGAAGAAGCAAUGGAUAUUAUAUUCAACAGUUACAUAUGGAAAUCAUGUGAUACCAGUCACCCAAUUAGAUUUGUUGAUGAUGAUGAUGAUGGCAACGAGAUAGGGGUGAGUAAUUUAAGACUAAGCAAUGUAAAUAAUGGAUUUGUCCGCGUCCAUGCUAUUCUUGGAUUAGCAUGGAUGGGAAAAGGAUUACUUAUGCGGGGCCAUGAAAAGGUGAAAGAUGUGAUCAAGUUUUUGCUGAAUUGCUUGGUUUCAAAUGGACAUUUGCCAACCUCAAAUGGAGAUUCACCUGAAGAUUGUAAAGAUCAGGAAACAACUCACCUGAUGAGAGCUGCUGCAGAUUCAUUUAGUAUUAUAAUGAGUGAUUCCGAGGCUUGUUUGAACAAAAGAUUACAUGCAACCAUAAGACCACUGUAUAAGCAACGACUUUUCAAUAUGGUGAUGCCGAUCUUACUAUCAUCAGUAGUGAAAUCAGAUUCACCAAUCACGAGAUCCAUGCUGCAUCGGGCCCUUGCACAUGUCAUUUCUAAUUCUCCACUGAGUGCUAUUCUGGGUGAAGCCAAUAAGCUCAUCCCAUUACUGCUAGAUGGUUUAACGAUCCUGAGUGAAGAUGUUCAAAAUCGAGACAUUGUAUAUAACCUGCUCCUUGUUUUAUCAGGAAUAUUGACUGCUAAAAAUGGUCGGGAAGCCAUUAUGGAAAAUACACAUAUCAUCAUCAGGUGCCUCAACAAGCUUGUCUUCUACCCGCACAUGAUGCUGGUACGUGAGACAGCAAUCCAGUGUUUGACUGCCAUGUCCGAGCUGCCCCACCCUAGGGUAUAUCCUUUCAGGCUGGAGGUGCUACAAGCAUUAACAAAAGCACUUGAUGAUCCAAAGAGAAGUGUCCGUCAAGAAGCUGUCAAAUGUCGGCAAGCAUGGGCCUCAAGCUCAUCUAGAAGUCUUCAUAUUUGAAAGUUCUUGGAAGAAUUCUUCUGGGGUGCGAUAGGUAAUGCAAGAUACGUAAAUUGCUUUUGGUUAUCGCGAUCCAAGAUUGAUGAUUAUUUAAAAAUCCAAAGAGAGCAUGGGAUUCCAUCGUGCCCAAAGAGAAAAGGCUCACUUCCCGGAUUAUCAACGACACUGCACCGUACAUAACUAUGCAUCUAACUCUACAAAAUUUGGAGGGCAUUAAUCUGUAUGUAGUAAUUGUGAUUUUUUAUUUUUAUUAAAUUAUUUUAUUUGUGGUAGAUUCUUUUAUUUAUUUUGAGACAUAGAAGUUGGUUGUGGUUAUGUCAAGAUAAUUUGGAGCACUGUGCACUCGUUUAGUUGGUUGUUAUGAAAUUGUAUGAUUGUGGGUCA